AUGUCUAAGCUCGACGACGACUCCGACGAACGACUUCUCCUAGACGAAGACGCCCUCCCCUGGACUCCAGCGCCGACUCGCAGUCUCUGGCACCGUCGGAGGGGUUUUAUUCUACAAAUUAUCGCUGUUCUGUUGGCAUUUUUCAUCGGUUCUGCAUUGGGGUACGUCUGGCAGAGACGGGAGACGGAUCAAGCUUGCACACGGCGAGUAUCGCAUUAUUCCCCUCUCCUCAAAGACGUGGAUAUCGAAUAUACCGUGCAGAGAUUCAAUGGAUCGCUGCUCAAGGAGAACAUCUUCCGUCAACAGGCCAGUCCCGAGGUGGAUGCUGCCUGGGAGGCAUUAGGCGUGAACUAUCGCAGCAUUCGAGUUCCCCCCGAUCAAGCCGGAAAAGCCGGCCUGGCAAACGACCAGGUGCAGAUCAACGAGAAAUACGGCGGAGGGUAUCCGGCGAACGUGGAGGGAUUGCAUCAAUUACACUGUUUAAACCUUCUUCGUCAGACGCUACAUUGGAAUUACGACUACUACCAUGCUCUCGGACAGGGGGCGUUCCAGAACGACGACACUAUUGUGCAACGACACACCACACACUGUCUCGAUAUCAUCCGUCAACAGCUCAUGUGUACCGUCGAUAUCGGCGUGCUGGGUCAGGUCUGGAUAUCCCCAGACCACCCGACUCCGUUUGUCGACUUCAACACGCAGCACGUCUGUCGCAACUUUGACGCCGUGAGGGAGUGGGCAGAGAUGAAUCAGUUACCUGGGCAAGUGCCGGGGGAUUUCCUUGCGCCUCCGACCGAGGGGGGGAGAGUGUAUGCUGAGAUUCCAUAG